AUGCCGGAUAGAACCCCAGAAGAUCAUCCUACAUACGGUGUCAAUUUGCCAGAUUCGACUAUUCGAGACAUUGCCGCACUCGUGUCGCCCGACCGAACGCUAGAGCGUAUCCAACAGCUUGGCCGGGGAGAGUCUUUCAAUAACCGUAUCUACUUUCUUACCUUUGAAAGAGCAUGCGACGAUACUGGCGUCGAAUGCCUAGACGAUCUAUCGACUCUGGACCAUGUGCUUAAGGUCUCUGGACGUUUUUGGGGGAUCGAGAAGGUGCAGAACGAGGUCUCGUGCCUACUGCUGCUGGAAGAAUACUGCCCCAAUGUUCCAGCGCCUCGCGUGAUCGCGUACUCCGAGCAGGGAGACACGAUCCGCCUUCUUCCGCGUUCUUCGGGCAACGGGUACCCUGAAUCAGUCCGGGACCUGGUUCACCCACCGCUGAUGGAAUCGAGUACGAAGCGGCCUUGGAUCUUGAUGAGUCGUUGUCAUGGCACGACUCUUGACCUGAGCCAGAUGCAAGGACAUGAAAAGCAUGACACGCUUCAGCAGCUGGCACGAUACAUGUCGCAGUGGCGCUCUUGCGUGCCCGAUGUCCAGCAUUAUGGCAACCUCCUCUUACCCGAUCGUCCAGAUCUGGCAUCCCGAGCAGCUCUCAAGACCUUUCCAGACCUGCCUAGUCCCACAGUCGCUGGGCUCCUAGACUGUACUUUGAACCCAUCCGCAACGCCAUCGACGCGGCUCGAGUAUCAGAUGCUCCGACUGGAGAACCAACUGGCACAGCUGGAAGCGACCGGAACACUUGCCCCUUCGCGAGCAGAACUGGUGCCUCUUGUCCGCCGUUUUAUCCACGACAUUGUUCCUCGAUUACGUCUGUUCAAACUGCUACCUCAAACACCGUGCUUCACGCACAACGACUUCGCACCCCGGAACAUCUUGAUAUCUCGCUGUGGUGCAGGAAACGCGCCUGUGGUGACGGGAAUUGUCGACUUCGAAUUCGCCGGCUUCUUUCCCGCGGAAGAGGAGUUCACGAAUCUAGCACAGGUUGAAACCGACUGGCCGGUCGAGGCUGUCGAGAUGCUUUUCAGGGAGCUGGAGGAUCGAGGGGUGGCAACGCCUCUACAUGGACUAGAUGGGGAUGCGUGGGAGGAGGUGCGGACUCUAUAUCUCGUAACAUUGAACAUUGCCCCCUGGUGGCUUGUACAAGGAGAGGUUGCCGGCGAAGGGCUGGUUCAGGAGUUACGAGCCGCCGCGGAGAAGGUACGUGAGGGUAUUGGAAGGCUGACUUCAACAGUCGAGACACCUAGUAUCAUUUGA